GAUAUGAAAAAAUGGAUACUUAUCUCAAGCCUAUUAGGAAUCUGCUCUGCUAUGCCGAUACUUCCUCAACAUGCCGGGAUACCUGGAAUGGGUAGUAUAAGCCUUGAGACAAUGAGACAACUUGGGAGACCGAACAUGCCAAAUUUACUCCCACAGUUUGCUCAGCCUUACAGCUAUGCAGAUCCUUUUCAUUCAAUGUGGAUGCAUAAUUUCCUCCCAUCACAUUCAUCAUACUUUUGGAUAAAGGGAAGACCUCAGCAUCAUGAGACUCAACAGUAUGAAUACAGUAUGCCCGUGCAUCCUCCUCCACUGCCAUCUCAGCAAACGCCCACUCUGUUUCAGCAGCCCGGGCUCCAAGAGCAACCUCACUACCAGUUCACGGAUCUCAUUCCAACAAAGCAAGUCCAACUCCAGCAGCACAAUAAGCAGCCACCAUUCCAGCCAAAGCAAUUCCCGCUGCCAGAGGGAAAACAGCCAGUGGUUCAGCAGCUGCCACCGUUGGAGAGACAAACUCAGCAGUUACCAGCUGUACAAGAAUACUUAGGAACAUUAGGUCAGACACUCUAUCCAGGUUUACAUGGAACACAACAAGAUGCAGCCCAACAACCACAACAGCAAUCUAUUUAUCCCAGUUUGUAUUACAUGUCUUAUGUAGCAAACCAAGGAGGUGCUCCUGCCAGAUUAGGAAUAGUAAGCUCAGAGGAAAUGCAGGGUGGUGGACUUGGCGCGCCUGCCUAUCAAGCACCUGGCCCCAAUCUCUUUGCCAUGGAUGCUAGAUUUGGAAACAUGCAACCAAACUUAGGCCAGCCAGGUGAUUACACCGUGGAAGACGAGCAACUUGGAAUAACAGAGCAGCCUGAAGAUAAAGGAGGAGCUAACCCUUCAGGCAAGGGGAACAAUGUGAUCCCCCUGGAUGGCAACCAGGGUGGUGUCUUGCCAAAUGCCAACAGCAAUCUGCUAAACCCCGCAGCCCAGAGUAAUGGGCUGUCAGGGGUACCCCAAGCUACGGUAGCCCCUCUAGCAACUCAAGGGCUCCCUGACAGCUUCAUUCCUUUUAAUGCUGACACUACCAUGCCUUUGGAUCCCACCAUGUUCCCGGACACCACGUCCACAAACAAUGCAGGAAAUGAAGCUGGCUACCCACAAGUAGGUCAGGAUAUGUGGCAUUUCCAAGAGCCUUGA